GGGAAUGCAAAGGAUGGAAGAGCCAUGGUGGAAAGGGGAGCUUGUAGCAGAGAUUCAUCAGACUCUGAGGCUAAAGGAGCUGAAACUGCCCCUAUACAAGGCCCAUUCACCUCAGAUCGGGAUGCGGCACUAUUUCGCUGACCUCUUGGCAGUGCUGAGCAACCGCUGUCGACUCUGCCCCACAGCCCGGCAUCUGGCUGUCUACCUGCUGGACCUCUUCAUGGACAGCUACGACGUGGCUCUCAGGCAGCUCUAUGUCAUCUCAGUUGCUUGCCUUCUCCUUGCGAGCAAAUUUGAAGAGAAGGAAGACAGAGUGCCAAAACUCGAACAGCUGAACAGCUUUGCUUGCAUGUGCAACCUUAACUUGGUGAUAACAAAGAAAGACCUGCUGAAGAUGGAACUGUUGCUCCUGGAAUGUUUCAACUGGAAUCUGUGCCUGCCAACCCCAGCACACUACAUUGAUUACUACCUCUUUGCCUCUGUUAGUGAGAGCGACCUACACAAUGGCUGGCCCAUCAUAUCCUUGGCCAAAGUCAGAGCUUUCGUGGAGAAAUACACUCACUAUUUCCUAGAAGUCUCACUGCAAGAUCAUGUGUUUCGCUCCUUCCGGCCUUCUCUUGUUGCUGCUGCUUGUGUGGGCGCCUCUCGCAUCUGUCUUGAAAUCUCUCCUCCUUGGACCACACAGCUCCAGCUGCUGACACGUUAUUCCUGGGAGCAGCUCGCUCCAUGCAUUGAUCUCAUGCUUAUAGUUCAUGAUAAGAAUGUCAAAGACGCUGAAAAGGACAAAAGUCAUGCAGCACGGCUGCGGCGGGAGCAACAACUCGUGGAAAGGCUGUCCUUCCAGACCCCGACUCAAGUUCUCUUUCAGCAGUCGCAGUAUCAUCCCCUGGCCCAGCACUCCGUUCUUUCACAGUUCUACUCUCCAAUACAGGAUCUGUGCUCAGCUUACCGGGACUCUUUACAAGCUCCUCAAUCGAGCAGCCUUGUCUCUGGGAGUAGCAGUUCGUUGCAUUCAUAUUCCACCUUGCAAGCCAGCUUUCAGCCUGUUCUGCAAACCCUUCAAGGGCCUAUCACUAUGCAGGUAGCCUUCUCAACAGAGCCAAGGCACUGCCUCUCCCUGACCUAUGGCAGUAGCUAUUUCAGCGAGCAUCAUUCAUACACUACAGGAUGCUUCAAAGGAUGAGUCUCGGAGAAGAGAGGGCAGUACAUAAUUGACAGCAAAGUCUUGGUGAUAACUAAACUGAGUUGUCCUUGCCUUGGUAACAAGGGACUCUGAAGGGGUGUUUGGAACUAGCUUAGGCAGAACCUGUCCAUCUGGGAAUCUUGCUUUACAGUGUCAGGACAUGGAAAAGAAAAAGGCAUAAAAUGUAUUUCAAAUUGAAGAUGCUACUUUUGCAGACCUAAUGAAAUGAUGUGGGUAUGCUUCCUUCAUCAGAUUCCUCCAUAAAAUGCUAUUGAAAGACAAAUCUGCAGAAACAUCUGCCAUUAGAUAUUCUUGUUAUAAGAUGCCUCCCCUGUGAGUUUAUAAUUGAGUUCUCAACACUGGAAACUUUUGCUGACAUUAGCAAUUCUUGCUUUCUCCUGAUACCACUCAAACUAUCUCUGGAAUAUUUUAUGAAGAAUGUUCUUUGCCUUGCUUUCACCAAGAUAUUAACAGAAUAAGACAUUGAACUGGGAAGAUAUGUACAGAGUUAUCAACCACUUUUGCCUUAAAAUCUCUUGAUAUUUGAUGAAGUAUUGGUAGACAAAACCCCAUUGGGCCUCAUGUUUGUAGUAUGUUUCUCAAAAUGCAAUCUUAAAUUACCUCUAAAUAUUUAAGAUGCUGCUGCCUUAAACAACUAAUUAUUGUUUGUUGGGAAAACAUAGUUUACAAGUUAUAUCAGGGAUUAAUGUUUACUU